UAAGCUAGCCCAACCAUUUUACUAACAGCAUGUAUUACUUAUUGCAAGCCUAGCGUUUGGAUGUGAGAACGAUGGGUCGUUGUUGGCUGGACUUCCCGGGGGUUUCUGAGAGUGGAGCAUUAUGUCGCAGAGGGAGAAAUACGUCUACAUUUGAGAUAUGGAGAGUAGUCCCGGUGCGGUGAGCUGAAAAAUGGGAGCAAGCGCUUCUGUGUCUCUCUGUAGCGACCCGUCCUCAGUGAGCAUCCUGAGGCCCAGUGCUAAGGUCAGCCCGGAGCCCCCUGCCCUCACCCUGGUCUCAAAGCCUGAACUGUCCGCAAGGUGUGUGUUUGCCGUUGCCUUAGAAACACUGCGAGAGGACGGGCAGAUGGUCGAUGGAAUACCCGUUGUCCUAAGAGACAUGGUGGAGUUCCUGGAUAAUAAUGGACUGCACCACAGAGGGCUGUUCCGCCUGUGUGGGUCUGCGGUGCGGACCAGGCAGCUGAGGCAGCGCUCAGACUGUGGGGAGAGGGUGGACAUGGAGCACGAGGGAGACGUCCCCACCGUGGCGUCGCUCCUCAAACUCUUCCUCAGGGAGCUGCCAAUCGCCAUAGUUCCUGAACCCCAGCGCAAACAGCUGGUUCUGAGCCUCAAAGGAUAUGCAAAUGAGGCAGAGAUUAACCGGUCUCUGAGAGAAAACAUUUGCCACCUGCCUGAUGACAACCUCACUAUUUUGUCUUACCUCAUCCACUUCCUGUCCAGAGUGGCCGCUCACAGAGAAUAUAAUCACAUGCCUGUGGAAAAUCUGGCAACAAUCUUCGGGCCUUGCAUAUUUCAUGUUCCUGCAGGACCCAGGAUGCUGGACGAUCAGAAUGUGUGUAAUGCCCUGUUGCACCAUCUCCUGAGGCACCACCAGGAUCUAUUUCCAAUCCCAGCCGAGGACACAGUGGCCUCCUCCAUUUCCUCCUGCUCCCCCCCUCCUCCUCCCCUAUCCGCCCUUCCACACUUUGAGCUCCAAUCCAGCAGCUGUCACUCAGAGCAGAGCAGUGUGCAGAGGCCGGAGGGAGAGACCGCUUCACUGUCAGCGACCAGUGCUGUUAACCAAACAACACAGAGGUGUUUCCAACUCAACAGUCCUGACACACAGGCUUGUGAAACCAGCUCUGACGUCAGCGCUGACCUUCAGAAGCUGAUUCCAGACCAGCAGCCUCUGGAGGAGAGCAGUGACAGCACAGAGGCGGGCUGGGUGAUCUCCUCCCCCUCUGACCCCGGGCCAGAGCAACACCCUCACCAGAGCAGACCACCCAGAAGCCUCCAGAAGUAUACCACCCAACGGACCUCUUCACAGUACACAGUGCCACUACCGAAUGAGAGCGAGGGGGAGGAGGAUGAAGAGGCUCCCACCGAUGCGGUGCAGAAAUCUUCUAUUUCAGACCGCUGCACAGCCUCUGAAUCACAGAGCAUCACACCGACUCUCUGCACACAGAGGAUGCUGUUCUGCGAAGAGCACAAAGCAGGAUCCAAAACCGCUGAAUCUAAGAAGGGGAGAAGAGGAGGAGGAGGAGGAUUAGGUCGUGGUUCUCCUGACAGACACGAUGAUUGCCGAGGCAGAAACAUCAGCCAUGACAGUCCCUCUCUCAAGAUGCAAGCCCUGGAGGCUGACUUGGGACCCCCGUCUUCCCCUAUAGACCCCCAAGGUCAGGAUUACCUCCCUGCUCAAACACAGCCUCUCUCCUCUGAGGAGCAGAGCCUGGUUCUGACCCACAAGCUGCUUCUCCCCUCGCCGCCGUGCACACCAGCUCAGGACCGGGAAGACUCUCCACUCUCUGGGCACUCCCCCUCCCCUGAUUCCUCAGAGUUCAGUCCUGUCCUGUACACCAGCCUGCUCUCUGAGGGGUCUUCAGGAAACGACCCCCUGCCCAUCCUCCCGGGCCCUAAAACCAGCCCGCUGCUCUCUCGCUUUGCGCUGAGCGACUGCCCCGUCCCCUCCCCACGCUGCCCCAACCUCAGCCACAGCCUGCGCUACAACCUGGACCCCGAUACGGCCCCUUCCCCACCGUGCUCGCAGCACAUACGCAUGACUCGCAGCAGUGUCCACUCGGAGCCACACGAGGGCUCUGUCUCCGUCUCAGCGCUCAACAGACACAUUCACACUCUGAAGAAGAGGAUCAGGCGCUUUGAGGAGUGCUUUGAACAGGAGAAGCGCUAUAAGCCUGCCCACAACGACAAGACUGCUCAUCCGGAGGUGGCCCGACUGAUGAAGGAGCUCAUCAAGAGUCGCAAGCAGCUUAAAGAGCUGAAGCUGAGACAAUCAGAAGGGGGAGUGAAAGGUCAGGGAGACUCUAACCCAUCAUCUGAAACACGCAGAACCAACUCAGACCAGAGGGAGGCAGCACCGACAGGCACUGAGCUGCAGCAGCUAAACAACAACAGCAACAUCAAAGCUAACGUGGAGGAAACGGUCAAUACUAUAUCCAACAGACUGAAGGAGAGACGCAGAGAGCUGGGCCUGCCCGACAGCGUCAAGGAGAUGUCCCAUUUCCAGAUGACUAUGGAGAAGACCAGCCUGCAGAAGUGUUUGCUGCAUUUUGAGGGUCUGCACGGACGGCCGAGUACCAGGCAGGAGCGGACUCUGAUGAAACCUUUCUACGACCGGUACCGUCUCCUGAAGCAGCUGCUGCUCUCUGCUGCUGCUGCUGCCACAGUCAUACCAACCAUUGAGGAAGAGGAGGGCUCUGAUGAAGAUCAUCCCAAACAGCGUAGCCCAAGGCUGCAGCCCCUCCGACUGAAGCCCCCCCGCUGUGUGUCUUCAGACGACUCGCUGCACCUUCCUUCUUUAGAAACGUCUGAAACGCCUCUCGUGUCCCCGCUGGAGGAGGUGAAGUGUUUCCAGCCACAGAUCGUCACCAUGGCAACACUACAUGAAGCUUCCAGACCAGAAUUACUGGAUCACCUCAGGACGGCGCGGUCAGAGAGGCACCGACUUCACCGAGCGCUCCGAGAGUUUGAGGAGAACUUCCACACACAGACUGGCAGGUUCUGUCAGAAGGAGGACCGGGGGCCAAUGGCGGAGGAGUACUGCCAGUAUAAGAGCCUCAAAGCUAAGCUCCGCCUCCUGGAGGCCCUGCUCAGUAAACGGGACUCAACCAAGAGCAGCUGAGUGACUCACAGUGGGACUUUAUCAGACUCAAUCCUUUAUGAAAAUCAGGUUCUGAAUCUUGUGGUUCUGGUCUUGUUUUAUGUCAUUUUCUGUUGACGCACUUUACAUGAAGAAAAACUGAGGAAAUUGGUGACCAUCUUAAUGAAAUACAGUAUGACUGCGUUUUUUUUUUGUCAUUAUGACACAUCUUAAUAUAAACCUGAUGUAGCAAGUGUAUUUAAUGUAGCACUAAUUUAUGUCAGGGGUGACGGCUGUAACAACUUGGUGUUUGUUACAUACAAGUUAUUUUAUUCACGCACAUUAUGCCACUUUGUAACUUGCUUUCCUUCUUGCAAAAAACACUCCUUCAGGACAGCUUUGCCCAAAGCGGAAACUGCAUUUUCUUAAAAAAAAGUGCUUUCUUGGCAAACAGUGUGUAAGCUUAAAUGCAAUUAAUGAGACAAUCCUGUCGUGUUUGUACAUGUCAGUUCUUCAAUCCUACAUUGUGCUAUGAUAUGCAUUAAUAUUUUUAUAAUUGUGACCAUUGAAUUGACAUGUUCACCUUGGAAAAUAUGUGAACGUUGGUGAAGCUUGGCAUUGUAGUGCAAUUUCUCUCUGCUGUCAGAUUGGUGUUUACCCCCCCACUUUGCUUGUAUGAAGUUAUUUCCCUCUAAAUGCAGUUGUUGACAAUGAUCAGAGCUUUUGACAUUGUGCACUUCUGGUUUAUAUAAUUUUCUAUAUAUGAAUGUAUCAAUAAAAAUAAAUAUUUUUUCACAUUUA